AUGGGCAAACCCAAGGCUCUGCUAAAGGAUUUCAAACCGAAGAAAAAGGCCGCCAAGCAACAGGCCCCAGUCACAGCUGAUGACUUUCUUGCUGCGGGCGUUGAAUUAGAAGAGGCUGGGGAGAAAUGGCGGGCGGGGGAUGCCGCUAAAUCCAUGCGCUUCUUUAUGCGCGCCAUUACCAACUAUGACGAGGGUCUGCAGAAACAUCCAGUGGCCUUUGACCUAGCUUACAACAAAGCUCGAGUGCAAUAUGAAAUCACACAACACCCUAAGCUGGCUGCACAGCUUCCCGCUCCUCAGGCAGAGCUCCUGCAGGUUGCAUUGCAAUCCCACAGGGAUGCACUAAAGCUAGAUCAGGAUAAUGCCGAUGUCCUUUUCAACAGCGGACAGGUGCUGAACAGCUUGGCAGAGGUCCUUUCAGACUCCAAGCAUCCUGAUGAGGAGCAACUGAUGCAGGCUAGCACCUAUUUGCAAGAGGCGAUCGAACUAUUCCAGCGCUGUCUGGUCUUGCAGGAGAUGAAGUACACGGAGAUGCAAGAGCAGAUUGAGGAAAUGCAAUCAAUCGAUCCCGAGACUGCGGCUCCUGCACCGCAGCCAGAGCAGCCUCAACACAACCAAGCAGAGUCCAACGACGACCCACAAGAGCAGUGGGCUGCAAUUGUUGAACCGGUCACCAAGAAUACCCUGGUAGAUACAGCUGUUGCACAGAUCAAUACUCUAACCACUCUCUGCAAUCUGCUGACAUUCAACCCGGAUGCCGGUGGCGUGGGGUGGGUGCAGGAGUAUUCCUCGGGCCUCAUUCAAACCCGACUCCCAGUCUAUGUAGAAGGUUCAGAUAGGCAGUAUGAGGCGGGACUGGCACGGGGUAAACUCAUAUGUGCGAUGCACGAGCUUCUCUACCGGGGUGGACAUACUGAUGUCCAGACGUAUCGGCAAGAAGUCGGACAAGCCUUUGGGCCGGAUUUAGAUGUAUCGAAGGACCCGGAAGGUCUCUGCAGCAAAGCCGAGGCACUGACAUCGAUGAACGGAGCCUUUGCGGAUGUUCCACCUUACGAGCCUGAAGACCUCAAGAACUCUCUAAACAUUCGCUGGCAAUCACUAUCGGUCGCCUUGGAUGCACUGACAGCUGCAUCGAAGUUGCCCAGUGCUGACAAUUUACCCAAGAUCCACAUCGCUAGAGGAGAUGUUGAAAUGCACCGUUGGCGCCUAGGAACAGACCCGUGGAAUCAUGCCAUUGCCAAGCAGAACGGGGCUAUGCUUGUGCGCAAUGCCCAGACCUAUUACCGAGGAGCAGCCGCUCUGGCUCGCCGGGAUGGAGCAGCGGAGGAAGAGCGAGACGGUUUGUACAAGGAAGCAAUUGCGGCGGCUCUGGGAGGCGAAAAUAGUAAGCUGGACCAGCUCAAAGCCGGAGGCCUGGAGAAAUUGAUAGGCGUGGCCCAGGAUAUGGUGGAGGACGGGUUGGUUGAGGGGACUGUGUUGAGCACCCUCAUCUCAUGA